AGCUGACUUGCGUUGUCCAUCCGCCACCACAGUCCCUUCGUCGUGGUCAUCAGUGUCAGCGUGAAUCGAUCUUUCACUCGGGGUGGAUGUCGAAUGACAAAAGCGUUCAACGCGGUUUUAUGACACGAGUCCGCUAUCCGACCAGACCCGAUCCCAGAACCGUCGAUUCUUGCAAUUGGAUAGAUGGAACUACCGGAGAUUCCUCGAGAACCAGAAGAUGCCGAGAAACUCAUUUGCGUCAUCGGUGCAGGCCCUUCUGGAUUGGCUGCUCUGAAAACUAUCUUGGAUACUCACCACUUCAAAAAGGGCUUGUGGAAGCCUACUGUAUUUGAAGCUCGUCAAGAAGUGGGGGGUGUAUGGGUACCAGCAGCUCCCACCGACAAUCCGCCCAUUACACCCUUAUACGAAUCUUUGACAACGAAUAUACCCCAUCCAAUUAUGGCGUACACAAGCUUUUCUUUCCCUCCCUCGACACCGCUCUAUCCGAAAGCCGUUUAUGUGCGAAAGUAUCUCGAUGCUUACGCUGAACAUUUCCAGUUGAAGCAGUACAUCAAAUGUCGUACAUCCGUAGAAAACGUUGAACGGGAUACCACAUCAGAGCGUUGGAAGAUUACCUUGAACACGGGGAAAACACAGUUUUUCGAUCUCGUCAUCGUCGCGAAUGGUCACUAUCGUGUACCCCGGUACCCCGAUGUUCCAGGGUCCAAGGAGUGGCUCGCAAAGGGAAAGGCUUCGCAUUCGGCUUGGUACCGGCGUCCACAGGAUCUGGGUAAGACCGUUUUAGUGAUUGGCGCAGGACCAAGUGGACAGGAUAUCAGCUCCGAGAUGGCAAAAUAUGCCACAACUGUUAUCCAUUCGGUAACAGAUAGCCCCCUAGGCCAGACUGGUAACAUCAAACAUCGAGGACGUGUAUCCGAACUCAAAAAUUCCGGUGAAGUAUUGUUCGAGGACGGCACAUCCGAGGCAGGUGUAGAUUACUGCAUCUUUGCAACAGGAUACAAGAUGUCUUUCCCAUUCUUAUCAGAAGACAUCAUCAAGAAUCAAGCACAACCAACCAUUCCUCCUUUGCCAGACGACCUCUAUAAUUCUACUUACGCUGUCUUCCCGUUAGGCAAGCAUAUCUUCCCUCUCCAUCCGCAGACAUUUCCAUCCACCAGCCUCGUGUUCAUGGGUCUACCGAGUAAAGUAGCACCUUUCCCGCUUGUCGAGGCUCAAGCGCAGAUGAUUGUCCAUGCAUUCGCUCAUCCUGAAGUUCUCGAUCCUACUAUUGAAUCCGUCGACAUCGUCACUCGUUACGAAGAUCUUCUUUCCAAACACCAGGCGAACACUAACCUCGUGGCCAAAAACUGGCAUGCCUUUGAGCCUAUGGACCAGUUUGAUUAUCGAGAUGACCUGUACCGGUUUUCUGGGGUGCCCAUCACUUCGCAGGAGUGGGAGAAGGAAGCGUACUUGAAUAAAGGGAUCUUGAGGCAAUUCUGGGUCAAUCUCGAAAGGAAUGGUGUGGCGGACGAUUGGGUGAGAGGAGUGGGUGAAGGCGGAAUACAGGAGUGGGUUGAACUCAUGAGGAGGAUGAUCAAGGAGGCUCGUGAUGAGGGCGUAUUGGCGGACCCUUCAGCUAGACUCUAAGCGUUCCUGGUUUUACCUACCAUAUCAACGUCCAACAAACCCAUCCGUCUUCCCGCAUCGCAGACCUCUCCAAACCUAGAUUUGAACUAUUCCAGCUAUCUGCCUUCAGCUUUCAUAGAU